UAUCAAGUGUAAAUUGAGAAUCAGGUAAUGAAUAACAUUGAAAUCGAUGAAAAUGAAGAAACUAAGGAACAAAUUGAAAUUUAGUAAAAUCCUAAUAGUAUGAUACACUAUGCUUAGCAAUUAGGAAAUUUAGAUGAAACAAAUUAAAUAUCUUAGAUUUAGUAAAACAAUUAAAAUGAAAUUUCAUUUAAUGGAUUUAAGAUAUAUUAUAAUGAUCCCUCUGAGGUGAUAAAUAUUCUUGAAUAGAGGAAAUAAGCCCAAGAAUAACAAUUAAAUAGCUAACAUUAAAAUGAUGCUUCUUAAAAUAAAAUUAUCGAAAGAAUCUGUAAAGUGUGCUUUGAAGGAGAAUCUGUUGUGUAAGAAAAAGGAGAACUUAUUUAUCCAUGUCUUUGUUCAGGAUCAUGCUAAUAUAUUCAUGAGCAAUGCUUAAAAACUUGGAUUGUUUCUAGGGGUUAAAAUAUUUUUUUAGCUAAGUGUGAAAUAUGCAAUUAUAAAUAUCAGAUAAAAUGCGAAUAGAAAAAGAAGUUAAACUUGAGAUAUUCAUUGAAAUAAAAUCAAACUGGGGCAAUAAUUACUAUUAUAUUCACUACAUUUUUUGUUAUUUCAUUUGGGAUGUUAAUUUUAUUUAUUAUAGACAUAGCUUUGACAAUAGCUUCUUCAAAUCAAGCUAUUAUCAACUAUGAUGAAACUCUAAAAUUUGUUGCUUUAUUUAUUAUAUUUGUUUUUGCUUCAGGUUUCUUUAUUGGUAUGAUUCAGUCCUUCAAAGAAAAUUGCUUAUUUGAGCAUGUGGUCAAGUGGUAGAUAUUUAAUUAUGAUAAAAAUUAGUUGAACGAAGAAAAUUAAAAUUAAGAUGAUAAAAAUUAAACUGAAAAUAAUAUAUAAAAUUAGUUAAACCUCAUUGGGGAAAAUCUGCCUUAGCAGAUAUAGGUUUCAUAAUAAAAUAAUUUUGAUAAUUCAGUUUAUCACAGAUAAGAAACAUACUCUAAUUUACAUAACCAGCAUAAUGGUCCUGUAGCAAAUUAAAAUACCUCUUAUUAAUAAAAUGAUAAUUUUUAUCAAUAAUAACAACAACCAUAAAACAUUGACAGUGAUUAGGUUUCUUAAUGGAUUAAUUAUCUAAGAUCAAAGUAAAUAACACCAGCUGCUUUCAGAGAAAACUCUCAGAAUGAUAUAGCUGGUGAUUUAAAUAGUGCAGAGAGGUUAAAAAUGUUAGAAUUAUUUGGCUAUUAAUAGGCUAAUAAAUAACAAUAGAAUGAUAAUAUUUUUAUUCGUGAUGAUAAAGUAAAUGAUGAAGAAUCUAAACCACGACAAAUAUCUUUAAAUAGUAAAUUAUAACAAAUAUAAAACUAAAAUGAAAUAAUCUAAGAGAAAUAAUUUUAAGAGAGUAACUUUUUACCUUAAAAGAAAUCUAUAGAUAUACUUUCUUUACAAAAAUAACAAUAUUUUGAUUUUAAUAAAACUUAAUAAAAUUAAAAUUGUUUGGAUUUUCAUGACUAAAGUAUUUUUUAAAAAAAGUGUAAAUCAACUCAUGUUAUUUCUAUUAACAAAAUAAAUAAUAAUAUUAAUUACAGAGAUAUAAAUAAUAGAAGUUAGCUAAGUUAUUAGUAAGAUGAAAAUAAUACUAAAGCUAAAACUCAUUUUUAAUUUCUUUAGAGUGGUAACUAUAGUUAAUCUAUUGAUUAUCUAAGAGCUUAAGUUAUUCCUCCAUAAUUUUUAACAGACCAAAAAAAGCCUAAUUAGUAUAUAGAUGUUAUUUUAUAAUGUAACGAAUGA